AUGGAUAAGAGUCAGUGGACUUUGUUAUAUCAAAAUAUCUCCAAUAUUGAACCGAAAAAUCUCAAAAAAUUGAUUUGGAGAGAAAAUCCAGUUUUUCCGGAGUUUUUCGACCUUUUAGAGUCUGCAACUGAACUAGAAACACUUGAUUUAAGUGGAUGCUUUGCUUCUGGUGAUGAUUUGAUCAAUGAAUUCGCAUUUUAUUUGGAAAAUUAUUAUUAUCUCAAAUCUUUGACAUUAAACGGAUCAAAGACACAGAAAUUGAAUAACAAUGACAUUGAGAGGCUAUUAGAGUCAUUAAAAUCAAAUAAAUCCAUUUCAUCAGUUGAUUUAAGUUUCCAUGACUGUUCUCCGGCCAUUUAUACAAAAGUUAAAGAGCUUUUGUUAAGUAAUCAUUAUAUCCGUACAUUUAAACUCGAAAUUUCGAAUUUAGAAUCAUCAAAUGAAAUUUCUGAUUUAUUUAAAGCGAUUUCCCAAAGAGGAUCCCCAAUAAAUUACAUUUGGUCGGACAAAAAUUACAUUGAAAUGAUCGAAAAUAAGAUUAUAAAGAAUUCUGUUGCAGAACAACUGAGAUCUUACUUAUCUGAUGCCGCCAACCAAGAAACAACAGUGGAUAUACCAAUUGUUAACGAAAAAUAUAAUGAAAGUGCAGUUUCGAAUCGAAAACAAGCAUCAAAACAAGAAAAUAAUGAAAAAUCUUAUGAAAUACAAGACAUCAAUGCAUUUACAAUGGAGCUUGAACAAAGUAGGACUAAUAUAGGUGCUCUUGAAAGCGAAAUGAAGACAAAUCCUCCUCCAUUAGAAGUUUCCGAAUAUGAUAUCAUCCAACCAAAGGUUCCGAAGGUUACAAUCUCUACAGAACUUGAUGAAUUGACAGAAAGGUUCAGUAUCAAUAACAUUUUCAAUAGAAUUAUUAAUAAUAUUUAG